UGUGGAGCGAUUCCUUGGACAGACUUUGGGAACUUUAUGGAUUGACUCUAUAGUUUAAUAAUGGGAUUAUUACAAUUCGAGACAUAUAUCCACCGCAACUGGUCACAAUUUGAUCCAAACCGGCCGCCUGCUUUUCCAGUCACCACAUCCCUAUCUGUUUAUUGUUCCUUACCCACAGAAAGAAGGAAUCAGCCUCUACCCAGAAACAAAAGAGUGUACCAAAGCAACAAGAAGAAGAAGACAAUGAGUUCGUCGCCGUCAAAAACAUUGAGAAAAUUGGAGGUAGUUUCUCCAGUUCCCGCGGACAUUGAUAUCGCUAACUCUGUGGAGCCUUCCCAUAUUUCCCAGAUUGCCGAGGACCUUAAUCUCAAGCCUGCCCAUUAUGAUCUUUACGGCAAAUACAAGGCCAAGGUGCUGCUGUCAGUUGUUGAUGAGCUGCAAGGAUCAAGCGAUGGAUACUAUGUGGUUGUCGGUGGAAUCACUCCUACCCCACUCGGAGAGGGCAAAUCCACUACUACUGUUGGCCUUUGUCAAGCUUUGGGUGCAUUUCUUGACAAAAAGGUUGUUACUUGCCUUCGUCAACCAUCACAAGGACCGACUUUUGGAAUCAAAGGAGGUGCUGCAGGUGGUGGUUACAGUCAAGUUAUCCCAAUGGAUGAAUUCAAUCUGCAUAUGACCGGAGACAUCCAUGCCAUAACUGCUGCGAACAAUCUGCUAGCAGCUGCAAUUGACACCAGGAUAUUCCAUGAAUCCUCCCAAUCUGACAAGGCGCUCUUUAAUCGAUUAUGUCCCCCAAAUAAGGAAGGAAAACGGAAGUUCAGUGACAUAAUGUUCAGGCGUCUGAAGAAGCUAGGCAUCACAAAGACCACACCCGAGGACUUGACUCCAGAAGAAGCAAAGAGAUUUGCAAGGCUCGAUAUUGAUCCGGAAUCCAUCACAUGGAGGAGAGUGAUGGAUGUUAAUGAUAGGUUCUUGAGGAAGAUCAGUAUUGGAGAAGGUCCCGACGAGAAAGGGAUGGUGAGAGAGACUGGGUUCGAUAUCUCGGUUGCUAGCGAAAUCAUGGCUGUGCUGGCCUUGACUACAUCACUAUCUGAUAUGAGAGAGAGGUUGGGGAAAAUGGUGGUUGGGAAUAGCAGGGCUGGUGAGCCAGUGACUGCUGAUGAUCUAGGAGUUGGGGGAGCCUUGACCGUGCUGAUGAAAGAUGCCAUCAACCCUACUUUAAUGCAGACCCUUGAAGGGACUCCAGUUCUCGUUCAUGCUGGUCCUUUUGCCAACAUAGCUCAUGGCAAUUCGUCUGUCGUAGCUGACAAAAUCGCUCUGAAGCUUGUAGGACCUGGUGGGUUUGUGGUCACUGAGGCAGGGUUUGGGGCAGAUAUAGGUACAGAGAAGUUCAUGAACAUCAAAUGCCGGUAUAGUGGGUUGACGCCACAGUGUGCUAUCAUUGUUGCGACGAUAAGGGCCUUGAAGAUGCAUGGCGGUGGUCCAGAUGUUGUUGCCGGAAAGCCUCUUGAUCGUGCCUACACGACCGAGAAUGUUGCGUUGGUUGAGGCCGGCUGUAUUAACUUGGCGAGACAUGUGGCAAACACGAAGGCUUAUGGUGUGAAUGUUGUGGUUGCGGUGAAUAUGUUCUCAACAGACACUGAGGCUGAACUCAAUGCUGUUAGAGAUGCUGCGUUGGCUGCUGGGGCGUUUGAUGCUGUUGUGUGUACUCACCAUGCACAUGGUGGGAAAGGAGCGGUGGACCUUGGGCUAGCUGUUCAGCGAGCCUGCGAGAAUGUGAAUCAGCCAUUGAAGUUUCUAUACCCUCUGGACAUUGGUAUCAAGGACAAAAUCGAGGCAAUAGCUAAGUCGUACGGAGCAAGUGGUGUCGAGUACUCGGAGCUGGCCGAGAAACAAAUAGAGAUGUACACUAAACAAGGAUUCUCAGGCCUACCAAUCUGUAUGGCGAAAACUCAGUACUCGUUCUCGCACAAUGCAGCUUCAAAGGGAGCUCCAAGUGGAUUCAUGCUGCCUAUCAGGGAUGUUAGAGCCAGCAUUGGCGCUGGUUUCAUCUACCCUUUGGUAGGGACGAUGAGCACCAUGCCUGGCCUUCCAACCAGGCCUUGCUUCUACGAGAUCGAUCUCGAUACCGCCACUGGGAAGGUCAUUGGCCUCUCUUGAAAAGCCAGCAAGGCCAUUGGAUUUAUCUGUGCUUCGUGUUGAAAACACAUGAGCAACUUUGUGCUUUACUUGAUUGUGUCAUUCGUUUGACUUUAUAACUCUUCUUGAGCAUUUCUGGCCGUCGAUAAGGGUUAAGGUAACCUAAGAUGUACGUAAUUCAGCUGUAGACAUUGUCUAUGUACAUUUUAUCUGGUAGAGCUAAAGAAAUAAAACUAUGAAAGAGGACCUGGUUGCUUGAUCAUAAGGUUACAAAGGCUUGGUAUAGUUAGAUUAAAAAUAAGGAGAUGAUGAUUAUUCAAUUUGUUUUGUUUUUUCCUUGCAUUUUUAGUCCAGUAUAGUUAGAAAAUAAAAGAAGAUUGGGUUGUUUGAUCAUAUAUGCACUAUUAGUGAAUAUGGUUUGGUUCACUCUAUGGUCAUAUGGAAGAUGAAAGAAAAAUCAGGACCAAUAUUGAAUCAAAAGAGUAUUCAAUUCUUUUUCUUUUCUUUCUAAUAAUAAAUUUUUUUUUUAUUUUAGAACGAAAA